AUGGAGCAAGUGCUCAGGGCCGACCGUCAGGCGUGGCAAAAGCUUGCUGAGAUCGUCCCUUCCAUCAAGAGGACCUCUGCCGGGGCCCUGCCGCUCGACGCUGCCUUUCCUACCUUGCCAACCGAGGGUUCGAUAUCUUUUUAUCUUCUGCCAACCAGGCUGCAGGAACCUGACGACAAGCCCCCUCGUAAGCCUUGGAAAGGGAACGGCAAGGGUAAAGAUCAGAAGGGCGACCGGGGCACUAAGCGUGAUUCCGAGGGCAAGGAGAAGACGCCUCCUGAGCUCCCCGACGCUCUCAAGGACAUGCCCUUGCGCACCACGAGCAAGGGCAAGCGCAUGUGUUGGUCUUACAACAUCAAGGCGCACCCCCAGUACGAGUGCACCUCCGAUGGCUCCACAGAUUGA